AUGUAUGACGUAGGUGGUGUGAGGAUAUCUCACUCCAGAUUUGAAGGUAAUGGUCACAAUGAAAGCUUCACUUCGACAAAUGUUGCACGUGCUGGUGGUGGCAUUUACAUGGAGUUUACGUACAGAGGGGGAGAAUUUCCAUUUGAUCAAAAUUCAUCUUUUUUGGCUGAAUUUGACAGCAACAACACCUUCAUCAUCACUAAUUGCACAUUUAAAAACAAUCAUGCUCCUAAACAGAGCAUAACAGCAGCGGUUGAAAAUCCAUAUGGAGAUCAUCAUUUUCCCUUUGGAAGAGGAGGAGGGGUGUCAAUUUUUGUGAAGGGUGCUGCAGAAAAUAAUUUCAUUGAGAUAAGUCUUUGUAACUUCGCAGACAACCAUGCUCUUUGGGGAGGUGGGAUUUUCAUUGAAUAUCAAGAUGAAGUACAAAACAACACACUGGAAGUUACAAGGUGCAUAUUUAAAAAUAACAAAGCAGAUUUUGCUGGAGGGGCUAUUAGGAGUGGUACACUUGCUACAAGUGACAAGCAGCAGUUACUUCCAAACCAAAUAAAACAUGAAGAUUGCACAUUUGACGGCAAUAAAGCAGUAUUAGGUGGAGGAGUGUCACAUCAUGGAACCAGUUCUUAUUUGAAGGUUUUUAACGAUGAAAGUAUGUAUGUUCAAUACAUAAACUGUGUGUGGAAGAACAAUACUGCAACAAUGGGCUCUGCUAUUGGACUAGCUUCCCAAGGUCCUAUAAAUGGUCUUAGUGACUUGCAUGGAAGGGGACCCAUGCUAAACCACAGAAUUGUUCUUGAGCACUGCAAUGUCACUAAUAAUAUGAUAGUUUUGACUGAAGAUGAGCAAGUCAUUGGCCAGGGAGCAAUCUACUCCUUCUCAACUCCAAUUAUUUUUAAAGGUGUUGAUCGCAUUGCGUAUAAUAACAACACUGCUAUGGUGGUAGAAAAUGCAGUUGUCCAUGUUUUUGGACAUGUUACCUUCAGAUACAACAUAGGAGGUCAGGGUGGUGCUCUAGGAUUGUAUGGCACAUCAGUUAUCAUGCUUAUGCCACACAGUCAACUAAACUUUUUUAAUAACACGGCGGCAGAGCGUGGAGGAGCAAUUUAUGUGAAGGAUUCUGGGCCACCUGUGGUAGCUUUUGAGACCACAGAACUUAAUACUCGUACCUGCUUCGUUGCUUACAACAACCACUUCAGUCUCAACAAUGUCACUCAGUGGAAAACCAAAAUAGUUUUUGGAGGCAAUAAGGUGAAUACUACUGGUGGUGGUGACUCUGUGUAUGCCUCAACUCUUGACGGAUGUCGGUGGGCUAAUCAACCUCGCAUAAACAAUGAAUCACUUGAGUGGCCCAACACAAUUCUGUAUUUAGAUAGAAAUAAAAGUUCGAAAGUACAAAUUGCUACUGAUGCAUUCAUGAUUCAGAUAAACAUAUUAGACUGGAUGGUUUCUCCAAGUGAGAGCUUUGAUGCUACUGUCAAAUUAAUAGAUGAGAAAAACAGUUCAGUGUUGGGUGUGGUGAAUGUAACCAUUGUUGAUGGAAAUGUAACUCUUGGUACAGCUUCAAAUUUGUUUUUGAUUCAGGGUGAUAAUCCCAAAAUCAACAAGUUGAGUCUACAAGGAAAGCAAGGAAGUGAUUUCAAGGUCCAUGCCAGUACAAUUGCUGGUCGUGUUGUUCAUAAACUCUCUGAAACUGUGAUGUUAAGAGGAUGUUAUCCUGGUUUUGAGCAAAAGGAUGGUGAGACAUGUUCUUGUAUGCAGGAGGCUGGUAUAGCAAAGUGCAAUGGUGACUUCAAACAUGUCAUGUUAAAGAGUGGAUAUUGGGGUGGAUUUGUGGAUGAUAAAUUCAGCACAUACCCUUGUCCUCCAGACUACUGCAGUGAUGUGUGUAGAGCCUCAUCUUUUCUGUAUGAUUCUAAAACAAUUUGUACCACUGGCCGCAAUGGGUCAAGUGUCCUGUGUGGAGCAUGUAAGGACCACUACUCUGUGAACUUAGGUAAUGAACAUUGCCAGGAAGAAUGCCUUAAUAGUCACCUCUGGCUUCUCCUGGUAAUUUUCAUAAUGACAUUACUGUUAGUUUUGGGGGUUCUACGUAUUGAAUUGGACAUCUUCACAACUUAUCUCAAUGCAUGGUUGUACUCUUAUCAAAUUAUCACAUUUCUUUUACAAGAGGGACAAUAUCUUGAUCCAUUUAUCACAUUCAUCAUUGGUGUGGCCAACUGGAGAGUGAAGGGUGUUGGAGCUUGCCUUUUCAGUGGAAUGACUAACCUUUAUAAACUUGGUAUUAACUAUAUUUUUCCAUCAUAUGUUCUUCUCCUGCUGUUUGCUGUGGGUAAAAUAGGAAGGUACCGUCCAUCCUGUUAUAUAAACAAAAAUGUUUCCCGUGCAUUUUGUACCCUGUUAGUCCUCUGUUACACAAAUGUUACUUUGAUCUCUUGGCGUAUUCUCCACUACGUUCCCAUCAAUGGAAGUUGGGUGUUGUAUGCAGAUGGUAACAUUGACUUUAUCAGAGAUUGGAGAAAGCACUUGCCAUUUACCAUCUUUGCAUGUCUUUGGAUUGUGUUUUUUGUUUUAUUUCUGCCAUUGGUCCUUCUCUUUACCCCGUGGUUCUUGAGGCGCAUACCUUACUUAAACAAUUUCAGAUUGUUCUUUGACACAUUUCAGAAAUGCUUCAAAGAUGAAUACAGAUGGUUUGCGGCAUAUUAUUUCAUAUGUCGUGUUUUCAUCUUGCUUAUUGCUCUAUAUGUCCCAUUUGGAUCACUUAAGAGAUCAAUACUAGAAGCAUCCAGUGUUAUUAUUGUCGUAACCUGCGUUUACCUUCGUCCUUACAAGACUGAUGAAAAUGACAGCUACAACUGGUUGAAUACAUUAGAUGCUAUUCUUCUCACAAAUUUGUGCUUUGUUGUCAUCUUCAGUUCAAGCGUGGUAAGUGAUGCCUCAGACGCCAUUCAAGAUGGCCUUAAAGACACUGUGAAUGUUCUAGCAUAUGUACCAUUGGUGUAUCUGGUUUGCCUUAUUUGUUAUAAUGGUUGGAAAUACUUCUGUUCAGGCAACCUCAACAACUAUUUUCAGGUGCCACCACAAGAGGCAGGAUCAAUUUCAGAAACAGCUCAUCCACCCCAGCUAGUAUGAGCUCAUGCUGUGUCUCAGAUCUUCCAUUCUCUAGCUCUUUACAUGAAGUAUUGAACAAACUAGGUGAUGGUAACUGACAUAACCUUGCCAUGGCAGGGCAUUCAUUGUAGUAUGGCUUCAUUGUUUUUUGUUAGAUGUGGAUCACUUUUACCAGCAGCGUGCAAAGAAAAUCAUUUUUACAGCUUGCCAUUCGGCAAGCUGAAACUAGCAUUUACUAGCCAGAUGUCAUUUCAGCUAGCCCCAAAAGCUUCUUGAUGAGCAGAAUUGAUUUCACAGUUCUUCUGUUAUUUGAAUUCCUCAAAAACAAUCAUUUGUCCAUUGGGCAAGUUAAAAACAGUAUUCACUGGCCGAUAGCAAAAUCCACUAGCCCCAGGCUAUAAGACACUACUUUCUUUGCACGCUUGCUGACCAGUAACACAACAAUAUAAAAUGUUGCUCAGCAGGCUAUUUUUAUGUCAGAGUACUAACCUUAUGAUAACCUGUUUCCCAAUACGGGUACAGUUAAUUUACCCAUUUCUGUAACCGCAAUAUAUUAUUAUGGGUAGGCUGCCUCUUACCAUGGAGAUGCAGUUAGGCUACCCAGUGUAAGUGAUGCCAUUUUCACAUCUGGGAAAUGGUGGUUGUGUUUUCUAAAACUACAUGGCAAACUUGUUUGCUUACUUGACCUUGUACAACAACUUGUAUCUUAAGGUCCCUAUUAUCACCGGUUAUGGCAGUUGAUCAAGUUAUACUAGUAUAAUCGUUCUUACUACAAACUAAACUUAGUCAGAUUUAUGAUUUACUGAGAGAGAGAAGCUUUAUUUAUGCAGGUUGGGGAGGGGAGGGGGGGGAAGGGUGCAGUUGUGUAAACCUAAUAUAUUGUUUUAGUAUUUACCAAAUCAGUGGAUAGCAAUUUUUGCGCGUUCUGAUUGGCUCCCGUAACUCCGAAUAUCCUUGGAUAUUCACCUUUUUGGGAUGGGAUUCAAAAUGUCUUCUUGUUUCGCGACAGUUUUGAGAGAUGAAAUUUUUGGCGGUAAAUGAAUCAGCUGCGCCAACAAAUAUAAAGACAAAAUUUGGCUUGUCGGUGUUUACUGGCCAGUAGAAAAAAAAUUUCCCACAGAAUUUGCAACAAAAUAAUAAAAUAUGAUCCCCAAAACACUGUCAAUUAAAACGUAAACAAACUCUAACAGAGUGACGUCUUUUAUUCACAAAAAGUUCCUUUUUGAGUUUUAUCCAACUGAUUUGGUAAAUAGUAAAACAACUAUCCCCCUCAGGGUCGGUUCAUAGCCCUAGAUACAUACCCCAACGUUUCGAUCGCGUCUCGGUAUACAUGUAUAGCCACCACUAUUCACUUCCCCUUCGGGGGAUAGUUGUAUGAUAUUCCUAGAUUUUCACUCAUCUAAACAGGGACUGCCAUUGGUUGAUUCUUGAUCAUGUGGGCUUGACUAAAAUCAAAUGUUUCCCGAUGGGGGGGGGCAAUGUUGAGGCUUUUUUUAGGCACUUUUACUUAAAAUUCAAAAUAGGAACAAACAUGGCUUUAAAGUUUCUGAAAGAUAAAUAAUGGGUCUGUGGGGAAGUGAUAGUGAGGAACUUGUAUGGUGUGCCCCUAAAUGCAGCUUUUAAAAUGUUCGAAGUUUUUAGAAUGAAGGAAGAUGUUACUCCAUUGAUAGAGUCAGACAAGGAGAAGUUCAAGAAACCAUACACGGCACCCUGAUCUCCAGUAGAGCAACCAGAGAGUUAAAGGGGCUUUGUCAUGAAGAAAUUGCUGUUUUAGAUCAGUCUGACUGUGCUGAAGUCAUCACUCAGCACCCAAACACAAAAUGCUCCUGUAGAGUUAUGAAGGUAUGAAACAAAUUUUAUCAGGAAGCUCUAACCAUAACCUGGGUGAUUUGUGCAGGCAUAGCAUUAAAACUUGAAAGAGUUGGCCAAUCCUUGUCCAUCCUUGCCUGAAUCCGUAGCAAAUACUGUCUUAAAUAAGAGGGCUAGGCUGUUAUUUUUGUAGUGUAAUUGAUGCGAAGACAUGUAAUAGCUUUUUGUAGCAAGUUGCUUGACAUAGCCUCUUAAGUCACGACGAAAGCCAAACUGGCUCGUAACGUUGGUAAAAUUGGAAUUUCAUGUCAGUGACUUAGGCUAGUUUACGUCAGAGGAGGUUCUCACGAAUUCGGACCGUUUUGUCACCGGAUUCGUUCACGAAUUCAUGAAAAUGCAAAUGCAUUAAUCCGGAAUGAAAACAUCCCUAUUUGGUCGCGUGUUUGAGUUGAAUCCGGACCUGAAUCUUAAGUGAUUACCAGGAGAGAAUAUUUCCUCUUGGUGAAUACUUUGUAUCCCAAUGGAUUUUGUAGGAUUUCCUGAUGCGUGUAAACCCAUGCAAAUCCGAAUAACCAAAAAGUAAUAAUCCCGGAAACAUCUCCUCUAGUUUAAUAUGGUCGCAACUCUUAAGUUGUAUGUAACUAUGCACAUAAUAAAUAAACGCUUUGCAUUUUUUUUAAUUGGCCAUCGAGAAUAUUGUUUCUUGAAUGUCGCUUGUUAUUUUGUGGGCAUUUUUUUGGGUCGUAAACUUUCCUGAGCAAGUUAUUUUCAUUAUUCACCAAAAAGGCCAAAGAUGGUUGGCCGAGAUGCACAAAAGACAGACGAAAGAAAAGAAGGAGACUUUUUUCUUUUUGCAUUACUUUGUAAGAUAACCUCAUCAAGCUAUUCCAAAGGUGAAUACAGUAAUUAGCUUAAAACCCUGCUGCAUACAAAGGUUUCUUUUUCAAAAUUAAUAAGUAAGGUGGUGCAAUUAAGUUUCUUCGCUGGAUCAGUGCGCUGUUUAUAAACAUUUCAAAAGCUAAAAAAAGAAACAAGAUCAAAGCAAAUCAGCCUUCCCACAGUUUUGUUUUAAGUAUUGCACCAAUCAAGUUUGUUGGUUGUGCGGUAACCCACGCAGUUAGUGAUCCGCGGAUUCCAGAGAGUGAAUGCAGCUUUACCGGCCGCCUUCGGUUUCACAAACCUUGCAAAGAAGUCCUUCAUAGUCACAGGAUCCACGGUAAAUAUGGCACAAGUCUGGGCUGUUCGCACUUUUCCACAAGUGAGUCUCAUUAUCGCCACUUAUUUAGACUCUUUUUCUCACUGUUGUUAAACAAUAUUCACUGCAAUUUGCAUAGCAACGUUCAGAAUUUUUGAAAACAAUAUUCAUUUCUUAGGAAAUCAGUUUUGAAGCACAGUAAAAUAUCUGGCGAGUUUCCGAGGCCGGGGGCUGAUGGCGCUUCGUGCGUAUCUUCGGAAUCAAUGUAAACGGUUUAAGUCCGGCCAGUAAGUAAAAUAGAACAUUCUAAACAGAUUCUCAGAGGAAAUAUAAAUAUUAUCAUCCGGUAAUAUGACAGUUGCAAGGCAACAGAAAAUGCGAAUUGGUAACAAAUGGCCGUUUUCAUACUAGAGACCUUAAAGUCGUGAUAAGAUGACUUCAACGUCUGGUGUCUAAAGACGGUAAAUAAGACUGACGCAUUUAAAAAACGUCUGACGAUAUUAACGUCUUCCGUCAACUGCGUCGUUCAGACGCACAUAACAGACGACUUUAACGCCACAGACGUUAAAUACUUCUGCUAUAUUAAAAACGGAACGCCGUAAAUUGAAACGCAUUCAUGUCCAACUCGUCCAGACACGACGAAGUGGGAAGAGUUAGAGCUGUGUAUUUUUUUUUAAGGAAAACUCUAUUUUUUUUUACAAUGCUAUCUUCUACUUUGUGCGUCUCGUUGUUACACCAGUCUACUUGAACGUCUCAGACGUUAAACACUUCUACACGACUGAAACGUCUCUUGCAUGAAAACGACCAAUUGCCGGCUCUCUUUGUGUGCUAUUGCCUCUCUAGUCUGUUCGAGGCUCUCAGAUAGUAGGAUGACGCGUGAGUGUAAGGUACGCGAAAAUAUAAAGCGCGUGAUGUAGGAAUUCUGUUUUCGUGUUUGCACUUUCUCAAUUUCGCGGACCCGACUAUCUCGGAGCCUCCCAUAUUUUAGUGGACCGCAUCUCUGUCUUUAUCACCAUACUACCAGUCUGUCCUGUGGCUUCAUAUUAUCUUGAAUUCUCCCAUCGUGGACCCAUCGUCCUCUUAGUCUUCUCCAACUUCUUCCCUUCAAAUAUUAAGCUUUAUCUAGUACAUCCACUCUUUCUUAGUACUUCCUUGACUGCGGAUCAUAUCACAGCUGGGUGUUUCGCUUUUAUCAGAGAGGCGCGCAGUACUCCCGAUCACGCUCCGCUCGGCUAGCAGUCGGCUUUUUCCAAAAUAUUUUCAUAUAAGGACUUUAGGGGACUGCUGAACUCGGAAUGAGUGGGGUCUCAUGCACUUCUUUUAUCUUCUGUCUAAUCUUUUAGUCACUAAUAUCAGUAACGAAUACUUACUUACUUCCCCGCCCCAUUUUACUAUUUUUACUUUUAACUGCAGUGUUAGUUACUUAAACUCAGGCGUGGUUUCACUCACUAAGCAACAUCCGAAACCAACACGACGACAAUAUAACGGACGUGGAGAUCCAUAUAGUGAAUCAAACGGUUUCGCUGAUAGCCAUAUUAAAGCUGGUGCUUUUCGUAUCACUUGAUUAACAAAAUUUCCAGUCGGCCCGCUGUUUUGAUUUUAAUGUUCUAGACUGUUCACAGUCCCCUAUUUUUUCGUGAGAUCGUUUAGAUAUACCGCGUCUUACCGUCACGGGUAUCUUGAUUUUCAAAUGUACCGAGGGGACGGGCGUCGGGGAUUAUAGCCCGUUACGGCCCGUAACACAUAGCGCUCGAUCUCGACGAUCUUACGGAAAAGUAGAGGACUGUGAACAGUCUAUUAUUGUUCGGGUAGCGGACUUAAUCGGAGUCCCUUCCUGUCCCUCCCCUCUGCGUGGCUCACAAAGGGGCAUGGCGAGAGUGAGUGCGCGGGGCCACUGCUGUUUAAAUUGUUUCAUUUAACGAUCAAAUAGAAACUUCAACAUCCUCCCCCGCCCUCCCACGGGCAUUUUACUAGCGAGAAACCGCAUUUUUCACCAAUUCCUCUUCUUUGGACUUGUGUUCAGCUAAUUAGCAUAAGAAUGGCUGAAGGGCAACAAAAAGGCCAUAUUUUCCGACUAAUCUGAUGUAACUAGCUAGCUAUUUAGGAAUUGAAUUUGGUAAAUUUGACUAUUUUACAUCGAAAAAGGCCAAUUUGAAACAAAUUGGUAACUUUCUCUAACGAAUUUCUGUUCAAAUGUAAACUAUUAAAAUAGAUUAGAAAUGCGAGAAAAAAAUAAACAAAAAAAUAAACAAAAAUCAAAUGGUUACCGAGUGUGUUUGGGCAAGAGAGAAUAAUUUCCCUUGGUUUGGGUUAAUACAAAUAUCCAUUAUUAUAGUUUCUCUCAAUCUUCUUGCCGUAUUAAGUAAUUUACUGUUUUUCUUGGUAUUCGAAAUGUUGACUAUUCACGGCUAGAACGCACGGAGAGAAUAUAUAACGAAAAAAAAUAAGCAAAUACACUUUACCAUUUAUUUUUUAUUGUUAUGAAUAUUUUUCUCUAUUUCUUGCCGUGAGGAUCAUUUUACUGUUUUUCUACUUACAUGUACUUCCUCAGAUGACGGAUGAAAGCCAUCCUGCUAUAUCCACAUAAUGUUGUUGUUUGAUAGAGCACUGACAGAUUGUUGAAUACCAGGCUAUUGCCCGGAAUAUCAGUGAACGACAGUAAAAAAAUAAUAAUAAUAAUAAAAAUAAAAAAUAUAUAUCAGCCAAAUCGCGCACGCAGUGAGGUAUUCUUGUGACUUCCGCUUUGAAUUGCAUUUCCGCUAUUUUAUGUGGAACACGCGCGACUCGCGCGACAGGGACAGAGAUUGAAAAUGACUUCAACAAUGGCGCCGCGUCAAAUUAUACGUGAAGGCGUCCCAAAUCCAAUGCAAGCUUGGAGCAAAGAGCAAGUAUUACAAGUAAACAAGACAAGAACGUAGAUUUAAAAUCAAUUUCUCAAUAAUGAUAGGAGAAAAUAAUCAUGACUCUUUUUAAUUCUCCAGUUGGACGAAUCCGUAGUGACGCCGGGAUUUGCCUACAACCUUGCAAGAUAUUUUCCUUCGGGAUCACAAGAUGACCAACAUAAGUGCAUAGAACUUAUGCAUAACAUUGGAGCGUCGUCGGACCCAGCAACGUGGUACUCAACAGGUGCAAUGUGCUAAGCGCAAUAGUGUCAAAAAGAGUGAAGCUUAUCGAACUAAUUUGUUGUUAUUAAGCUUAUGCUUAUUAUCUCACUCAUGUAUUAUUCUUUCGAACAGAAGCUCGCGCGCGCACUCCAACACGACCGAAAAGUGUACCUCCACAAGCUACCCGUUUCUCCGAGAAAGCUCGACACAGCUAUACAAAGAACCCAGAAUUGUUUUACAUGACCACAAACAAGAGAGAAUUCGGAGGAAAGUUCGGACAUCCAGCAGAAAAUGCGAGGUAACUACCGGUCGAGUGCUUAGCAACGGAAUGUGAACGGAAUGUAAGCGUAUAAAUGUUUAUGGGAUAGGUUGAUAUAGUUUUAUUCUGGCUUUAUUUUUUUCAACACACAGGCCAAAUACAUCGAAGAUCUUCCCAAGUAGAGACAAUAACAACUUCACAACAUAUCAAACUGACUUUAAUAAGAAGAAGGUCCGAAGGACGCAAGGUAUUCGAACAGGAAGCUCUUCUGGUAACAGAAGGAACAACCCUCACCCCGCAGAGGUAAAAAAAAUAAACAUUUAGUUGUUGAUGAUUUUUUUAAUGAUUUUUUUUUUCAAAUUUUGGUAAUGUAAUACAUCAUGAGAUUUCCGUUUUUCCAUUGGGAAACUGCCCCCCCAUCUUCCCUAAGCCAGUAUUAUUUUUUUGCCCUAAGUGAGAAGUAAGUGUUACCACUGUCUUAGGGGAGGGGUAGAUGGGCAGUUUUACUCAGUUGUAAAACACAUUCUGGGUUUCAGGAUCCACUCUCAAGCUAGAGUAGGGAAAGCAGAUAACCAUGGCCAAACAAACAGUGUAUUGAUAGGCAUUUAAUAGGUUUUUAGUAUUGGUGACACAGCACCACCUUGCAAAAUAUAACACAUAAAAAGGUUGCACAAAAAUCAACAGAGUUAAUAAAUUGAUCAGUUUUAAAAGGCAUUUUGGGUUUCAGAAUCAGUCUCAGCUGCAUUAGGGAAACUAAAUGAAAAUGGCCUAACCAACAGUGUACAGAAUAGGCUUUAAGUGUUAAUGGCACAGCACCACCUUGGAGAAAUGGCGCAAAAAAGGGAGACAAAAAUUGUGUAGCCUGCCUGCAAAACAUCCGUUCUCCAACAGUAAUUCCACAUUUGAUGAGGAAAAUCAAUGCAACUCAGCGACAGAAAUUCCAUACUGAUGAGUCAAUGGGGUUCCAAAUAUAAAUUUGUCCAAUUUUAUGUGUCCUCUGGUUGAUUUUGGUAAAGUGUUGUGUUCAUCUGCCAAAGAGCUCCAGCAAAACUCAAAUACUUCUUCUAGAGAAGACUAUAUUCCACAAAUAUUGACUGUUUUGUCAGAGAUUCUUCACAUUUACAUUUGACCUCUGUGGCCUUUUGUCUUUUGUCUGUCAAGACUGUCAUUCGUAAACAAUAGCUAGCUAAAACAAUGUAACUACUCUGUCGACCAACCAGCGCUUCUGACCGUAUUCUGGCACAUUUUACGUCAUCAGUAUGGAAUUUCUGUCGCUGAGUUGCAGACGUUCCUCCGCACGAAACGUCCCCAGCGGCGAAGAGCGAGGAGAAACGGAUGUUUUUGUAGGCUAAAAAUUGUGCAGAGUUAACAAAUCAAUCAAACUAGCCUGCAUUAGCCGGGAGUUUUGUUUUGGGUGAGCUCAAGAACAAACUGGUUGGUAAAGUUGGUGGUUUCCUUUGUCAUAGUGUUAAAAAAGUAAACUAGUUUUAUGCAACGUUUGAUGACCCUUUAAUAGAGAUGACAACAAUGGGAUAAUUACUCUCCUUCAGAUGGCCAAAAGGUAACCGUGGCCGCUUAAUAGAGAUUCAAUUUAAAAUUUUCUUCAACAAUUAUUUUGGGACUUCGAUCACUGGCUGCUGAAUAGGUGGCCACUUAAUGAAGGUUCAAAACAGCUGUUAUUGUCAUGCUCAGUCCAGUUGUUGAAACAACCAGAAAUACACAUCAACUACUAAAAACAAUCCUUUUUUAAUAAAUCUCAUAUGCAUAGAGCAGCUGCAUUGCAAUAUUUUCGUCCAUCAGGCAGCAAUCAACCCCCCUCUCUCAUCCGAUAUUUGCACAAAGGCUACUAGAUUGACCUACCUAUAAAAUAAUAAUUUAUUAUGAAAAUAAUAUUUUGCAGGCCUUUAUGAUUUGGAAAUUUCCAUGCCGCUUUCCAUCACUCCUUGAUGAGGAGAUAAGUCCCAAGGCAAUGAACGAGGUCUCUAAAGAGCAAAUUAAAUCUACGUAUCAGUCUGACUACACAGGCAUUCCACAAGGUAAAAAAUAAUUAUGUGGGUAUGGCUCAAUUUCUGCCACUCUUCCAAGUCUCGUUCAUUUUCACCAAGCAUCUGGCAAUUGAGCCUACAAAUAUGCUACAUGAAAGAAAGAGUUUUAAAAUUCAGGCUAGGGAUGUACAUCCCCCCCACCCCACUUCAAAAAAACUGAUCUCAUUAGACCUUCUCCAUCUCUGAAAAAAAUAACCUAAUUAAGAACCCAUCCGUACACUUCAGGUGUGCAAAACUUUUUGUUUUGAGUGUUUUGCCUUCUAACAUGUACAAGCAACUCCUCUAACUUUACUGUAAUAUAAGUAAUUUAUUUCAGGAUGUAGCUUGCAGUUUGUAUUAAUUUAAUCAUCAGUUAUCAUGUUAUUUGCAGGUGUGAAUAUCUGCACAGUAUUUGAAGGAGAUCUUGUACCUUCACUGUACAAACCACCCUACACCUUGAAUACCACAUCACGAUACAGCUACCAGACACCUGCCCUGAAAGGCGAGAUGUCUGAAAACUUAAGUCGUUUUGGAUGCAACAAGAAUAAGUACAAACCAGCUGUUGGUGCAGGUAGGUGAAUAAAGACAACAUCAGGUCAAUUCCUAAGCAGCUUUAUUUCCAAAGAAGCAUACUGCAAGAAACUCAUGCAGGUAACAAGGGUGUAGAAAACAACACUUUUGCACUCUUCAGGCAGGCCUAGCAAUCGUUUACAUAUCUAAAUAACUGAAAUUAAACCAGCAAGAGCCUACUGGCUGCCUGUGAUAACCAUGAUAGGGGUUGCUUAAACUGGGAAGUCCCCCGUUUAUACAACAGUUAUAUAACAGUUGUCUUGGGAAAGAGGGGCCGCCCUUCCAGCUAGGUGAGUGAACUUAAGCAAGCGUUUGUACGAGAAAAAAGUUUACCACUUUGCUCAAACCAAAGGCUGACAGCAGUGCUCACCCAUGCUCUAAUUCUCUUAUCAAAACCAAGUUGACCUGGCUGGGUGAGCCAAAGUGGUUAUAUGGAGAAAAUUUGGCCCAGCAAGGAGGAGGACCCUACCAUCGAAAAAGGGUGAUCCGGCUAGACGAGUCAAUCAACCUUCCAGUAAGGAUGCGUACUGUGUAGAGAUCUAGCUGAGCCAACUGUUGAUUUCUUAUGUAAUAAACAGUUUGCCAAGUUUAGUAAGGAAAUGGGUAGGAAACAUUGGUUCGCCUAGCUGGGUAGUCAAGGUAUAGACAAGUGACCCUUCUACCAAAGACAAGUUUUCUCUAUAUAAACAAGGUCUAUGAAGUACUGGACUGAAAAAACUAAAACAACAGACAAUGACACACUAAGCCAGAUACACAUAGAAAAAAAUAAUUAAACUUUAAAACCUGUAAUAAUAAAAAAAUUAUGAUCAAUUUGCAGUACAUGUUGUUGUAUAUGUGAAAAUGGAUGAUGAUGUUGUUUUGUCAUGUGGCAUUAUAAACUGACAAAAAUAGUAAAAAUAAAUUAAAUAAUUAUAAUGAAUAAUUUUUAUUACUUUGGUGGGAUUGAACGGGUUAAAUUUUGCAAUUAACUAGCACCUCAUUUUGCAAGAGGGGUGAUGACUGGUGCAUACUGAAGGAUUUUUUAAUUUGAGAUAUAGUUUUAUGAGGACUGAGGGUCAUACCCAUGAGUUUGUUUGUCAUCAUAUACAUAUGAUUUCUGCCUAUAUCGCUGUCUGUGAGGAACCUCGUGACUCAGGGAAUGAGGAUCUGGGGAAAGGAAAAGGGGAUGACACCCCAAUGCCUGUGUCAAGUUCAGUUUCCUUACAGGACAUUUAAUAAAAAGUGUUGUUUGGUUUAAUUUUUAGUCCCUACAGUGUUGUAUAAUUCACCUCAAAUGCACUUGUAUGGAAGGACGCAUUACGCCAGGGACUAUGUUGACAAAUCUGCUGCACUUAAGGUUAUGGUAAAAGUUGUAAUAUAAUCUCCACACUUCAAACCUCACUUACUUUGUUCCUUAAAACCAAUGGUACCUCAGACAAGGAUUUCAAAGACCUAUUGUUAAAAACUAAAUAUUUGUAUCUCUAGUCUGGUACUUAUAAAAGUGCAGUUACAACAUAGCAUCGAUUCUGGAAUCUUUUUUUGUUGCAUGUUUGUAGUGAAGGGACUGAUCUUGCUUUUUUGAGCAGCCUGCAAACCUGAAGUCGAUUAAUUAUUGUUUGGCUUAGAACACAUGACUUUAGCUCAGAGUACAAGAACUCCCCCCAUACAAGCUUCUGUAAAUUUAUGCAACUUUGAGGGGCUGUAUCUUCGCUUGGUUAAGAUGUAUCACUUUCAAACUAUGGCAACUUUACUAAUUUUAAGGUGCUCUUUCCAGUGGUGUUGAAGGGUCUAUCUAACAUUUGAAAUAUGCCAUGCCUAACCAUGCUUACUGUUUUGUGUUUGCUUGUUGUAGGAGAAAGAAAGAAGGUUUAAAUCAGGCCCAAUUCCAGCACUGGAAGAAUACCUGAGAACCGCAAAACCACAUGGUAACAAAACAGUCUUUUAUGCUUUUGCAACUAACACAAAAUAAUAGAAAAUUUUGUUCUUUUACUUAUUAUACUUGCAUUCAUGGUACUUAAUGAGACAUGUGAAGGGUGAUGACAAUGAAAGUAUUGGUUCCUUUCUCCCUCACUUUUGUUCUCCACUCUCAAUCUGUGCUUUUCCUAGCUAAACACUGGCUUCUUGUUGCAACAUGCCACAUACGCUACAUUAUAACACAGAUUAGGGACAGAUAAGUGUACCUGUCUAUAACCUGAUACAAUUUACAACAUUGCAUUUUCCUGUUUUCCGUCUGGAAAAAAGUAGACUGUUCACAGUCCCCUAUUUUUCUGUAAGAUGGUCAAGAUCAAACGCUUUGCCUUUUAAAAGUAGUUUUGACACUUAUCCAAGAUGGCUGUGGCCUGCCCAUAACAGAAACAGGGUUAUUAUUAAGAGCCGGGGGCCAGGAUUUCCCCCAGCUACUAGGAAUGUGGCCCCAGCUUACUUCAUUCGCUAAUAGAAGAAAAAUAGAACCAGAAGAAACCCCUAGCUGCUUGAUUCCACACCUACUUGUUAUAUUUACCCAGCAACUUAAAAUCUUAGUGACGACCCUGACAAAGUGCUCGAUCUCAACAAUCUUACCAAAUAAUAGGGGACCAUGAACAGUCUAGGAAAAAAGUAAUAAUUAUAUAUAUAUAUAUUUUUUUCUUCUCCAUUUAUCUCAGAGAGGGAAAGCUUGUUGAGAAAACUGCAAAACAUUGCUGUUAAAGAUCGGAAAGAGAACCAUGACCCUAACUGGCUCUCACAGUGGACUGGACCUGCAUAGACCCACAGUAUGUACAAAGGGCCAACAAAAGCUCUCCCAGGAUCAUAAAGAACUCAAACACAUGCAGCUAAAUCAAAAAAGUACUCACCCAAUUUUUAUUGUAAAGCUGUAUACAACAAGGAGUAUCAUAUUAAUUUAUUUCCCACUUGACAAAAUGAUGAAUAUUAAAGAGAUAUGCUGCACCUGUAAAAAAUGUGUUUUGUGUCGACAACUUAUUUAACACACCCAGUUCCCCAGAUCAACACAUCAACAGAAAGGAAUUUGGAGCUGUUUUCCUACAACCUGAGAAAAUCAGUGAUACCGUAACUCCUUGA